ACACCAAUAGAAAGAACCCCGGAGAUAAGUUUAUAAAUAUUAUCGGAAGGCGACGUGCGCGACCAGAACGAAUGAGUUUCGCUAUAAACUCGUCCAACUCGUCGUCAACACAUCUUCCUUCAUCCAGUGAUCCAACAAAUUUCUCCCGACAAAUUAAUAACAACAAAAUCGCUUUAUUAAAAGUGUUUAGUGAAUUAAAACAAGAAAACAAAUUAAUUUUUUUCCUAUGAAAUUAACGAAAAUUGAGACCCCGACGGAAGUUUUUACAUGUUUACGAGAGGCUUAGUUACGUCCGAUUGCGACUGCAAGUCUAAAAUCGACGGAGAUAAAACGUGUUUCAUGGAUAAAAUUAUUAAAAAUAUCGCGGUUAACAUGGAGGAUAAAAAAACCAAUUGGGAUUUAAAUUCAAACAAUAAAAAUUAUAAAAACAAAUCAAUAGACGUUAGAAAAGAAGAAGUUUUAGCCAUAAGAAAUCGAUUUCCAACUAAAAUACCUAUCAUCGUUCAAAGGUUUGCAAAAGAAAGCAAUUUGCCGCAAUUGGAAAAAACCAAGUUUUUGGUGCCCCAAGAGUUAACUAUGAGCCAAUUUUUAAUGAUAAUCAAGAAUCGAAUAAAAAUGAAGCCAACUCAAUCAUUGUAUUUAUUGGUGAACGAUCGAUCUUUAGUCAGCCUUUCAAUAACGUUUGCGGAGGUUUAUGCGGAACACGCCGGUCCAGAUGGAUUCCUUUAUAUCACUUACGCCUCGCAGGAAACUUUUGGGGCACCACAAACACCUACAGGACAAUAAUAAUGAUCUCCGGGAGAACAAAACCUUUUUUUAAGUGAACCUAAAAGACUGCUAUUUUAAAUUACAAUUAAUUACAUAUAUUAUAAUAUUGAUGUGUUUUUAAAGACAAUAAAGAAGAUUUUGAAGUUAAAAAAGUGA